AUGUCUUAUCCUUCGCAAAUCCCCUACCGCCAAAUCCGCGCCUCGUACGACAACGACCACAUCAUCGUCUACCAGGCCUACAAAGCAUCCAUCGCCGAUGCCGCCGUCAGAGCCCAAAAACUCAACGCCUCGCCGGAUUUCAGUCCCGGCCGCAUGACUUGGAUUAAGCCAAGCUGGUGCUGGAUAAUGUACCGCUCCGGAUACUCUUACAAGGACGACGGCCAAAGUCGCAUCCUCGCCCUCAAGAUGAAAAAAGAAGAUUUCCUUGGACUACUGAAGCAAGGCGUCUUAUCAACUCAUCCAGCGGAACACGCACGAGUGGACAAAGAGAGCACUAACAAGACGGCGCAUGAGAGGCCUUCUGACGUGAGGAUCCAGUGGGAUCCGGAAAGGAACGCAAAGCUCGAGCAGUUGCAUUAUCGGAGUAUCCAGAUUGGUAUACCGGGAACUCUGAGUACGAAGUGGGCGAAUGAAUGGAUUGUUUCUAUUGAGGAUGUUACGGAGAGGGCGAGGGCGCUCAAGAAAGCGGUAGAAGAACAGCCUGAUAUUACUUUGGAUGAAUUGGUGAGCAAAGGCUUGGUGCCGGAGGAGAAGCCAUUGGACGUCCCGGAUGAGAUUUUGGAAAGGCUGGAGAUGACUGUCUUGGGUGUGGAAGAGCUAUGA